AUGCCACCUUUAGGUAGAGUUGAGCCACUGAUAACUACAGUUAUGUGGAGGAACCUGAUUUCACAGGCAUUGUACCAGGUUAUGGUACAACUGGGUUUAGAAUUCAGGGGAAGAUCAAUCUUCGAUGUUAUUGAGAAGCUAGUGAAGGUUGAGUUUCUGAAAAAGAUAACCAAUACUAAGAGAUUGACUUGGGAGCAAUGGGGUGUUUGUAUUAGCAUUCGAGCUUUGUCUUGGCCAAUUGGUGUGUUGGUGCAAUGUAUCCCAGUUGUUCGCAAGAAGUAG